AUGUACGCUCAAAAACCACGUGCAAUCAAACGAUUUGCAGAGAGAAUACAUGCUCUUCAAACUAGAUAUUCUCCUGACGAUGUUGUGUCAUUGCAAAUCUUUGUUCAGACAGUACAAGAAGAAUCUCCAGAUGAUCUCAUUGCAUUUGAAGUCUCAGACAAUAAUAUGUGUUUCUAUUACGCGCCUUUUGAAGGCAAAGCUUAUGCGCAUAGUAUCAAGACAUUUCAUAUAGACAGCACCUAUAAAUUGUUGCGAUCAAACAUUCCAUUGUAUGCAUUUACUGGCAAAAUCAAAGAUUUUCACAUUUUCCCUUUUUUAUAUUUCUUUUGUCAACCAGACACUUAUCAAAACAUUCAAGUUUGCGUGUGCGCCUAUCUCAGAUGGGUAACAAUUGAGCCAGAAUACAUUAGCAUGGACUGUGCUCCACAGAUAGCUCAAGCAAUAGAAGAAAGCAUUCCACAAGCUCAAAUACUUUGGUGCGGAGUACAUGUUCUUCGUGCAAUUCUUCGCAAAUCAAAUAAGUUUUCUUCUCAAGAAAAAUUUGA